UUCUCUCUCUCUCUCUCACGCACACUUUUCAUGCUCUUUUAUUUUAUUUUUAGCCUCUUUUCCUUGUUUCUCAACUCAAAUUUCUCGAAAUUUUCCUACAAAGUUAGAAGAUUUGGGAUUGAAGACCGAAUCGUUCUAUUGUGUUACUACAAUGGCUGCGAAUAGCUCACCUUCUGCCUUUGAAAAAGAGCAGAUAUUUGGAAUGGCUGAAAAGGAGAUGGAAUAUAGGGUCGAAUUAUUCAACAAGAUGACCCAGACCUGUUUCAAAAAGUGUGUUGACGAAAGGUACAAGGAGUCUGAGCUAAAUAUGGGUGAAAAUAGUUGCAUUGACCGCUGUGUUUCUAAAUACUGGCAAGUGAAUAAUCUAAUUGGUCAACUGCUUGGUUCUGGGAAGCCUCCGAUGUAAUCCAAGUCUAUUGUGUUUUCUUUUGCGGUUAGCAACCUGCGACUGAGCUACAUGUAUGACAUUAAUUAGGAAACAUGCAAGGUUUUUAUUUUUGUCCAUGACUAUUUUUUGGUCAGUCUGUUCUGUUAAGAAAAGGAUUGAUUGGCUUUUGAGUUAUAGCCAUUGGUGAACAAUAUAAAUAAUUUUGGUUAAUUUAGUUCA